AUGUUGUCCCGCCUGCCUGCUUCUGUUGCUUCCGUUGUGCAAAAUUUGCCACCAAGACGUGCUCUUCUUUAUUCUGCCUUUAUCGCUGCAUCAAUAACACUCUUCGCAAAAGGCGGUCCUUCUACAAAAGUUGAAAAGAAUCAAGCAAAAAGUAGCAACGUUAUUACCGUUGAAGAACUCAAUGAGAGAAUCAAAGAGCAUGAAAGAAAGUAA